AUGCACUCUGAGUAAAGACUAUGGGUCGAGAAGUAUAGGCCCCUUUGUAUUGAAGAUGCUUAACAGAUUCAUCGUGAAACCUAUAAAAUGCUGGGUAAAUUAGCAUAAAGUGAUGAUUUCCCUCACAUUCUAUUCUAUGGACCAUCAGGUGCUGGCAAGAGAACUCUAACUAAGUGUUUGCUUUAAGAACUUUACAAGACCAAUUCAGUGCAUAAAAUCAAGAGUGAACACAAGGAAUUCAAAGCUAGUGCAACUAGCUCGACUAUUGUUGAAUGUGUUGUUUUCAGUAGUAACUUUCAUAUUGAGGUAACACCUAGUGAUGCAGAUAAUCAAGAUAGAGUAAUUGUUUAAAAACUUAUCAAGGAAGUGGCUGGUUCUUAACAACUUGACACUAAGGCCCAAAAAUCUUUCAAAGUUGUUGUCAUUCAUGAGCUAGACAAUCUAACUAGAGAGGCUCAGGCUGCUCUCAGAAGAACUAUGGAAACUUAUAUGCCAUAUUGCAGAAUUAUAGCUAACUGUGAGAGUUUAUCUAAAGUAAUUCAGCCAUUAAGAUCAAGAUGCCUUCAAGUGAGAGUUCCAGCACCUUCUGGUCAAGAAAUUACUAGAGUUCUAGAUUAGAUUUCAAGAACAGAAGGAUUUGAUCUUCCUUCGUAACUUGCCUUUUCUAUUUCCAAUUACUCAAGAAGAAAUUUGAGAAGAGCAAUUAUGAUGUUAUAAACUGCUAAAUUGAAGAAUGAAAAGCUGAGUGAUAAGACUUAUAUUCCAGCACCAGAGUAUGAGACUUACACUAGAGAUAUUGCUAAAAUGGUUGUUCAAGAGUAAAGUCCCAAAUAGCUGAGGCAGAUCAGGACUAAGUUAUAUGAACUCUUAACUAAGGGUAUCACUUCAGAUAUGAUUUUCCAAAUUUUAGCAAGAGAAUUCCUUAAGAAAUCGCAAUCUAAUGAUAAAAACAGUGCAGCUUUACCUGAGAUUAUCAAGCCAGAGGUUCUUAAAUUUGCGGUAAUGUUUGAGCAUAGAUGCAAGGAGGGCUCUAAAGCUAUUUUCCACUUAGAAGCAUUCUUAGCUAGAGUCAUGGCAAUCUUCAAGGGCUAUCAAAUCAGAGCAAUGGGCUAGAAGCAAUAUUGA